AUGGGAAGAGCUCCAUGCUGUUCAAAAGUGGGUUUGCAAAGAGGUCCUUGGACUGCCACUGAAGACACUUUGCUUAUUAACUAUAUCCAGGCUCAUGGUGAAGGCCACUGGAGAUCUUUACCUAAAAAAGCAGGGCUACUUAGAUGUGGGAAGAGCUGCAGGCUAAGAUGGAUGAACUAUCUCCGUCCAGAUAUCAAGCGAGGUAACAUCACAUCUGAUGAGGAAGAACUUAUUAUCCGGCUUCACUCUCUCCUUGGCAACCGCUGGUCUCUUAUCGCCGGAAGAUUGCCAGGCCGAACUGACAAUGAGAUAAAGAACUAUUGGAACUCUCAUCUAGGCAAAAGGUUCAAGAACGCAGGAAAAGUCAACCAAAACAACCAAAAAAGAGAGCCGAAACGCGGUAGAUAUGAUGAUCCCAAGAAUCAAAAGAACCAUAACCAAGACAGUACUGCAAAUAGGGAAACAGUAGUAAAGACCAAAGUUCAUCUGCCAAAGCCCAUGAGAGUUUCACCACUUUCAAUUUCAAGGAAAUUUUAUUAUAGUAUGGAUAGUAUGGGAAGUGGCCGGUCAUCCAGUCAUGCAGAUGGAAACGAUGGAAUUUAUCAUGCUGAGAUUUUGAAGUGUUGGCCUGAUCUCAAAGAUGUCAUUAAUGGUGGAGAGGAGGAUCAGCUGGCUUGUGACAAAGAUGGUAAAUUUGCGGAUAAUAAUUAUGAUGGCCUUGAUCCUUCAUGCCAGAUUUCUGAACCCACAAAAGAUGAUCACCUGCUGGACAAGAUUUUCGAGGAAUAUCAGCAGCUUCUCGAAGCAGAAAAUCAACUCUCUUUGGACUCAUUCGUUGAUUCCUUGUUGAUUUGAUUAUUGUAUAACAGCAAUAUAUGUUUGUCGAAGUAAUUGCAUGCUGCAUGGGCUCCUUAUUGAUCUGACUGCAAUAACAAGUCCUUCACGUACGUGUUAGAAUUUGGCUUAUUAUUUACUUGGAUUAUAAUAGCUGUGGAGAUUGAAGUGUCAUCGCUACCCUUCCCAUCCUUCUUAGUAGUUUACACAA